AAGGCCGCGGGCGGCAGCGGCGGGAUCGUGAACCGGCACCAUGAGCGGCGGCGAGCCCGGGGCGCGGGCAGCGGCCGAGCGCCAGGAAUUCGCCGCCUUCUUCCCGCAGAUCGUCCGCGACCUGACGGAGGACGGGCUGGGGCACCCGGAGGUGGGAGACUCCGUGGCGCGGCUGAAGCAGGUGCUGGAGUACAACGCGCCGGGCGGGAAAUGCAACCGGGGGAUGACGGUGGUGGCCGCGUUCCGGCGGCUGGCGACCCCCGCGCAGCAGGACCCGGAGAGCCUCCGCUGCGCCCUGGCCGUGGGCUGGUGCAUCGAGCUGUUCCAAGCCUUUUUCCUGGUGGCUGACGACAUCAUGGACUCGUCCCAGACGCGCCGGGGGCAGCUCUGCUGGUACAAGAAGGAGGGGAUCGGGCUGGACGCCAUCAAUGAUGCUUUUCUCCUGGAGUCGUCGGUGUACCGGCUGCUGAAGAGGUACUGUGGGCAGCAGCCCUACUACCUGCACCUGCUGGAGCUGUUCCUGCAGACAGGCUACCAGACGGAGCUGGGGCAGACACUGGACCUGAUCACUGCUCCCAUUUCCCAGGUGGAUCUGAGCCGGUUCAGCGAGCAGCGGUACAAGGCGAUUGUGAAGUACAAGACGGCGUUUUACUCCUUCUACCUGCCCGUGGCCGCGGCCAUGUACAUGGCGGGUAUUAACGGGAAGGAGGAGCACGAGAGUGCCAAAGUCAUCCUGCUGGAGAUGGGAGAGUUCUUUCAGAUCCAGGACGAUUACCUGGACUGCUACGGGGACCCAGCCCUGACAGGGAAGGUUGGCACCGACAUCCAGGACAACAAGUGCAGCUGGCUGGUGGUGGAGUGUCUGCGCAGGGUCACGCCAGAGCAGAGGCGGAUCCUGGAGGAGAACUACGGCUGUAAGGAGCCCGAGAAGGUGGCGAAGGUGAAGGAGCUUUACGAUGCUCUGGGCAUGGAGGCGGCUUUCCGGGAGUACGAGGAGAGCAGCUACCGGCGGCUGCAGGAGCUGAUUGGGAAGCACGCUCAGAGCCUGCCCCGGGAGAUCUUCCUGGACCUCGCACAGAAGAUCUACAAGCGGCAGAAGUGAUGGAGGGGCCUGCCAGGGGGCUGGGCUCGGUCACUUACGGCCUGGAGCUGCUCCGUGCCCGGGGAGGGGCCGGGGACGGCUGUGGAAGGUGCUGGGAUGGCCGGGGGGGGUUCAGCGCUCUCCCCCCGGCCCUGUGUCAAUAAAUAUAAGUUAUUGUA